AUGGCUCCCUCAUACGAUGAUGAUGUAGUGUCCGACAUCCAAGUUAACAAAAAGGCGACGCCGUUAGAAAAGCUCUCCCAAGGAGUGCCAAUUCCUGGGGUUCCCAGCUUUACAGAUAUCGAAGUUGAAAGACAAUUCAUGCUCAAUCAUAUGGCCGGUGCUUUUCGGGUCUUUGCGCGUGCUGGAUUUGUUGAGGGCAUGGCCGGACAUAUUUCAGUUCGAGACCCGGAAUUUCCUGAUAAAUUCUGGACGAAUCCUCUCGGUCUUCAUUUCGCUCUCGUGAAUCCUUCGGAUAUGAUACUUGUCAAUGAAAAAGGCGUCGCAGUAGGAGGCAAUACUAGUCGACCAGCAAAUGCCGCCGGAUUCCUUAUCCACAGUGCCCUUCACCGAGCUCGGCCGGAUGUCAAUGCAGCCUGCCACUUCCACAGCAUCUACGGAAAAGCGUGGUCAGCGUUUGCUGAGCCUUUGGAAAUGCUGAACCAAGAUGUGGCUAUGUUUUACGGAAAUGCGCAACAGGUAUACCGUAAAUUUGGCGGUAUCGUUUUCGAAGAAGAGGAGUCUACUGCGUUGGCAGAUAGUCUCGGAACGGAAGGAAAAGGGUUAAUAUUGAGAAAUCAUGGGCUCUUGACUGUUGGUGGGACGGUGGAUGAAGCGGCAUAUUUGUUUAUGCUGAUGGAAAAGAGCUGUCAAAUACAACUUGCUGCAGAUGCAGCUGCGGCUUGCGGACGGAAGAAGGUUUAUAUUGAUGAUGACGCGGCCAAGUAUACGUUUGAUAAUACAAGCCAUCCGGAUAGCCUUUAUGCAGAGUUUCAAAUCUAUCUGCAAUACGAGUCGGCCGUUUCACAUGAUGGGUACAAAAUGGCAUGA